AUAAAAUUAUAUAAAAAAUAAAAUAAAAUAAUUAUCCCAAUAGCAUUUUCUUUGAAUUUUUGUGUGUUCACUCUUUCUUGGGGAAUGAUUGUGUAGACGAACCCUCGCCGCCUCCCUUCCUCCCUCCACCUGCCCCUCACUUACCAACCAUCACAUUUUCUCCUUUCCAUGGGAGAUGAGAUAGAAGAAGAAAGAGUUUCUCCACCACCCCCGUUGACGCCACAGAUUGCAAGAGCUCCGGUCAAUUUCGGUCAGAAGCAGCAUCAGCAGCCAUGACGUGCAUGCGGUGUUGCUUACACAAUUCGCUUAAGAUAUCAAACUUGAUCAUGAACUUGCUAGGAAUCGCAAUGAUUAUCUACUGCCUCUGGCUUCAAAAGAAGUGGGAUGAAGGUGUUGCUCAGUUGCCUACCACUAAAGAUCUUCCUAGACCCUGGUUUAUAUAUGCAUCUUUAGGGGUCGGAAUCUCCAUCUGCUUAAGUACAGUCUUUGGUUACAUAGUUGGUAAUUCUCUCAGCAGUUCUACCCUUGCUGUGUACAUUGUUAGUAUCUGCUCCCUUCUUUUUCUCCAAGUUGCAGUGAUUGUCACCAUUUUCUUCAAUUUCGCUUGGAGCAAGGAAAUUGCCGAAUAUAUUGAUGAGAGACAUCAGAAGUUCGCGAGCUUUGUCAUCUUCCAUCUCAGAAUGUGUCAAUUUAUUGCUAUCAUGAUUCUAGUUCCCCAGGUAAAACCCCGACUUCUAUGACUAAUUUUACCAAUCUUUGUGUACUUGGUUGAUUAUCAAACUCAUUGUUUAUUGGUUAAAUGUUAAUUUUGGUCCUUCAACUUUAUAGUAUUACAUAAUUUUAAUUUUUUAAUUAUUUUUUACACUUUUUUUAUCCUUCAACUCUAAAAAUUACAUAAUUUUUAUCUUCCCUUAAUUAACCAUGAUGUAGUCGUUAAAUAAUUUCAUCAUGGCAUUUUCUUUUAAUUCUUUUGAUAUAUAACAUGACAAUAAUAUAUCUUAUAAUUGAGUUACAUGGACAAAUAAAAAAGCUACAUAAGAUGAAUAUUUACAUUUUUAAUAAAAAUAAAUUAAAAACAAAUAAAAUUACAUUAUUACCCUCUCCUUCUAGAUCCAUAUUUUUCCCUUUCUUUCUUUCUUUUUCUUCCUCUUUCUUGCCUUUGCGUCGGUGGAACACAGAUUUCCUGGUUUUGUUGAACCCAGCUACUGGGUUUAGAGUUGGGUUCCAUCAAUUUCUAUUCUUAUUUGGAGCUGGGUUUAAAGUUAGGUUUGUUAAGUUCACCAGGUUUUCUCAUUGUUCUUUGGAUUUCCAUUCCCAAUUCUUGAUAAAUUUGGAGUUGAUUUAUAAUUUGAUUGCCUUUAUGUUGGAAUUUGAUUAGGGUUUGAUUGAGAUUAUUUAUUAAGGGGUUAAUUUGAUUUGAUGAGAUCUGUUGGGUUCCAUACCAGGUUUGAUCAAACUUAGUAGCUGGGUUUGAUAGAACCCAAAUGCUUCUAGGUUCAACCUCAGUUGGAGGCAAAGUUGGGAAAAAGAUGGAUUGGGAGGGAGACGGAAUAAUAACAUAACUUUAUGAUUUUUUAUUUCUUUUUUAUUUCAAACCAAAAUUGCAAAUAUGUUGUAAGGAUUCACCCUUAAUAACAAUAGAGAUAACUCAGCUCGAGCAAAUCUCAUCUCAAAUUUCUUUCAUUUGGAUCUCCUAAGGUUUCACUGAGAAAAAA